AUGGACUCAAACAAACAAGAAGGAGAGACUGAAAGUGUGCCUGUGAGUACCCCUGCAACACAGAUUUCCCAGUUGCAGGCAUUAGCCUCGGAGCUGAAGGCAGGAUUCACGGAGGCCAUGCAGGAGCUGUCCCGCAUCCAGCAUGGAGAGUACGCCCUGGAGGAGAAGGUCAAGAGCUGCCGCUGUGCCAUGGAGGAGAAGGUGGCUGAGAUGAAGAAUUCCCUCAACACCUUCAAGGAGGAGCUCAGUGAUGCCAAGUCCAUGAUUGAAGAAAUCAGUGCCAAGCAGGAGGAGAUGCAGCAGAAGAUCGAGCAGCUGCAGCAGGAGAAGCGUCGGGAGUCACGGAAGGUGAAAGCUAAGAGGGCACAGAAGGAUGACCACAGCUCACAGACAGUGCCUACACCUCUCCAGGGCAGCCCCUUUCGCUCCAUUAACCUCCCAGAGCCUGUCCUGAUCAGUGAAGACUUUACAAGCCUUCUGCACAAUGUCACUUAUGAAAAAGUGUCUGACACCAGGAUCAUGCCGAUGGCAGAGGGAGGUGUGAAAGUUGUAGCAGGUCCAGGAGCCAGCAUGGAGACAGAGGACAGCCUGAAACCUGCCUUGCCAACAGAGGGGCAGUCAAAAGUGCAUCUGCCAUCAACGGUGUGGAAGCAGCCCAAGGACACCAAGGACUGGGGAGAUGAAUACAUCUCCAAAGAGCAACCAGAGAGAGGAAAGGACGUGGGGCAGAGCAGAUACAGCUCAGCAGACACCGUUCUGUGUGAGCCCUCUCUGGCUGCCAAACGGCAGAACAUCGCCUUGGAGCUGCUGGAGUCGGAGAGGAAGUACGUGAUCAACCUUUCCCUCAUCCUGAAGAUCAAGGCCACCUUGCAAGGGCCAGAUGUGAAAAGGAGCACCAAAGAGAGAAGCUUCUUCCCCACCUCGCUGCGCUACCUGGUCCAGCAGCACGUGGACCUGCUGCACGCCCUGCAGGAGCGAGUCCUCAGCUGGCCACGGCAGGGCAUCCUGGGAGACAUCUUCCUGAAGCUAACAAAUGAUGAGAACAACUUCCUGGACUGCUAUGUUGCCUACCUGAGGGACCUGCCAGAAUGCAUCUCUCUGAUCCACGUGGUAAUCCUGAAGGAGGUAGAAGAAGAAAUCAAGUCUGACCUCUACAUCCUGUUCUUCCACAUCGUGCAGCGCAUCCCUGAGUACCUCAUUCACCUGCAGAACGUCCUGAAGUUCACGGAGCAGGAGCACCCUGACUACUACCUGCUGCUGGUCUGUGUGCAGCGCCUGCGCGUCUUCAUCUCCCACUACAGCCUCCUCUUCCAGUGCAACGAGGACCUCCUCAUACAGAAGAGGAAGAAGCUGAAGAAGUCAUCCCUGGUGAAGCUGUACAAAGGUCUCACCUCCCAGUGUACCAGCCAAGAGGUUUCCCCGACGCCCAGCGCGGCGUCUAUCCGGGACAGCGGGAUCCACUCCGAAGAGACAAUCCAGUCCUUCCCACCAGCACCUUCCUCUGGCACCACCACCCCGCAUCUGAUGCCCCCGGUGAAGAAACCCCAGCCAGCCGUGAUGGAGAACCUGCAGGCUGUGAAGCCUCCCGACUGGGAAAUGGAGAGCAGGAAGCACGAGAGGCCGGAGAACAUCCUCGGCUCCUCCCAGCUGACGGAGCAGGAGCUGAAGGCUCUGGCCACCCCCUUGCAGUCCAUCCCCGAGAUGGAGUACGAGGCGCCGCCGGCCGACGCGGUGGGGAACGCCGAGAGAGCCAUCCGGAGCUCGGUGGAGCUGCUGCAGGACGCCAGGAACUUCGCCCCGAGCUACGAGGAGUUCGAGUACCCGGGGGAGGUGUUCCCCCUGCCCGGCCCCUACGAAGACGACGCCUUCCAGAACCUCGCCCUCUUUGAGAACUGCUCUCCCGCCUCCUCCGAGUCCAGCCUGGACAUCUGCUUCCUCAGGCCGGUCAACUUCACCUCGGAGCCCGAGAGGACGGAGCACGCCCUGCAGCCGCUGCCCAAGAGCGUCACGCCGGUCAGCAGCAGCACCUACAAGCGGGAGAUGUUCCACAGCAAGGGGAAGCAGCUGAGCAGGUCGCUGAAGGAGCUGCCGCGCAGCGCCGAGGGGGUCAGCACCAGGCUGUACAGCACCCGCAGCAGCAGCGGCAGCCGCCUGCAGCAGAAGCAGGAGAGGAACCUCCAGCCCCACAUGGGCCCAGCCUCAGCACGCAGCUCCCAGAGGAGCUACUUCCCCCCACAGAGAGGAGCCAGUGAAAAGCAGAGCUUUUUGGAAGAGCUCCAUGCAGAAGACAACACCAGGUUCUGCCAGAAGGAUGACAAUGAGCAAACAUCCUUCAGCGACCACAACCCGCGGCACGAGCCCAAGGGGGGUUUCCGGAGCUCCUUCCGCAAGCUCUUCAAAAAGAAAUAAGCAGCCCAGAGAAAGGCAGGCCACAGCCCAGGUGCAACAGUGCUCCCCCCGGGGCCCUGAGGGUGGAGGCAGACAGCAGGGCCCUAACAUUCCCCCCCUGACUACUCACACGCUAGGUGGAGGGGUGGGGGAGAGGAGACUCUCACGACUGCCUUACAGACGCAUCCUGCUCUUCCUAGCACAGGGCAGGGCCAGGCUAUGGGUUGAAGGGGAGCUCAGCCAGCACAGGAUGGCCAAUAAGCACAGGAUCUUGCUAGCUUUCCCCCCCACCCUGACCUAACUUUCCUCAGAGCCUUGGAAAGCUUUGGAUGAAUCCCACUACCUUCUCCUCUCCAUCACCCCCCCCGGCGCUGCCCCAUUUGCCGAACAUCUUUGCUCUUCCCGGACCAAGCCAGGUCGAACUCGGGGCUCCCCCACGACACAGUGGUCACCUUUGCAGCCUUGGCUUCCUGGCCAGAAGCCUGAAAUUCCCCUCUUUUCCUCCACUUUUGAAAGAAGGACACCAAACCCCAGCACCAAGCAGAAGGAAACCAAACCCCAGCACCAUGCAC